AUGGCUCCCGGAAUGACGGCCAAUGCAACCGUCACGACAAGUGCACGCAGUUCUGUCGGCCCAACCAAACCCAAAUCAAAACUCAACUCCAAUGGCUAUCAUCCCACAGCCACCAUUCCUCUUAGUGCCAUGUCUAGUACAGCUCUCGACCUGACGUCUGUCGAACGCCGUGGGCAGCCCACUGCUCCUCGCGAAACCACCAAGAAGACCAGCAGACCCCACGGUAUCUCCGAUGCACCGACCUACUGUCCGACGCCAGAGGAGUGGCGCGAUCCCUUAGAAUACAUCAAGAAGAUUGGCCCCGAGGCUUCGCAGUAUGGUAUCUGCAAAAUCAUCCCGCCCGACUCUUGGAAUCCCGAAUUCGCCAUCGACACCGAGAAAUUCCAUUUUCGAACUCGAAAACAGGAACUCAACUCUGUUGAAGGCAGUACGCGCGCAAACUUGACAUACUUGGACGGGCUUUCCAAAUUCCACAAGCAGCAAGGUAAUAAUCUGCACCGUCUGCCAUAUGUCGACAAGAAGCCUUUAGACCUCUACCGCUUAAAAAAGGCUGUCGAAUCAAGGGGUGGCUUCGACAAGGUCUGCAAACACAAAAAGUGGGCGGAAAUCGGACGCGAUCUUGGCUACAGUGGCAAGAUCAUGUCCUCACUCUCUACGUCUCUCAAAAACUCGUAUCAACGAUGGCUCUGUCCUUAUGAAGAGUAUCUUCGCAUCGCCAAACCCGGCGUCCACCAACAGCUCGAGCAGGAAUACGGCGGUCCGCUGACGCCCAGUCCCGCUCAAACCCCCGUCAAGCGUUCUCAAGUCAACACGCCAGCUGGUGUAAACGCCGAGUCUCCCGCCAGGCAUGCUUCAGAGGCCCUGCAAAACGGUCUCAAGCGGGAAGCCGACCGUGAUACUCCCAUGGUGGAUGCGCCUCUUGCGCCCACUUCCGGAGGCUCCGGAUUCACGGCUGUUAAUUCCGGUUUCACAAGCAUCAACAGAAUCUCGGGCGAACGCAAAAGCUUUACACCAGAAGUGGCUAGCACUCGGAAUGCGACACCCGAUGAUCACUCUGGCCUCGCUGGUGCCGCUCAUGUCAAGAGGGGUAUCAGCACUGAUGAUACGUCUGAUGCCUCCAAAAAGGAAGUCGACGGCGACAACGAAGAUGCCACAAAUCGUCGCAGCAAGCGUCUCAAAAAAGAAAAUAUUCCUACUGUGGCUGGCUCACAUAUGACGCCCUUUCGGCCGUCUGUCCCUCGCAUACCGCGUGAGGAAGACCUUACCCCCCACGAGACUUGCGAGACCUGCGGCCAAGGCGAGGAUGCUGGGCCUUUGCUCGUCUGCGAGUCUUGUGACAAUUCGUACCACGGUCUCUGUCUGGACCCACCCGUGAAGCGCAAGCCUGACGCUGAAUGGAACUGCCCGCGCUGUCUUGUGGGCGACGGACAAUUUGGCUUCGAAGAGGGCGGCUUAUACUCGCUCAAGCAAUUCCAGCAAAAGGCAAACGACUUCAAGCAGGGCUACUUUGAGAAGAAGAUGCCAUUCGACAGUGCCCUGAAAUGCGCCAGACCCGUUACCGAAGAAGACGUCGAGAAUGAAUUUUGGCGUCUAGUUGCUGAUUUGGAAGAAACUGUCGAAGUAGAGUAUGGCGCCGAUAUUCACUGCACAACACACGGCUCUGGAUUUCCCACGCUCGAAAAAAACCCUGGUAAUCCUUAUACUGCGGAUGGCUGGAAUCUCAAUGUGCUCCCAUUCGCUUCUGAGAGUCUAUUUCGGCAUAUCAAGUCGGACAUUUCUGGCAUGACGGUUCCUUGGGUGUACGUUGGCAUGAUCUUCUCUACAUUCUGCUGGCACAAUGAAGACCACUAUGCCUAUUCUGCCAAUUACCAGCAUUUCGGCGCUACAAAAACAUGGUACGGCAUCCCCGGUCAUGAUGCUGAAAAAUUUGAAGCCGCCAUGCGAGAGGCUGUGCCAGAACUUUUUGAAACGCAGCCCGAUCUACUUUUCCAGCUUGUCACCUUGCUCACCCCCGAGCAGCUCACCAAGGCCGGUGUUCGCGUGUAUGCGGUCGAUCAGCGCGCCGGCCAGAUGGUCAUCACUUUCCCCCAGGCCUACCAUGCUGGCUUCAAUCAUGGCUUCAACUUCAACGAGGCCGUCAACUUUGCCCCACCAGACUGGGAGUCCUAUGGUAUGGCUGGUGUCGAGAGGCUGCGGGCGUUCCGGCGACAGCCUUGCUUCUCUCACGAUGAGCUGCUGUGGACUGCUGCCGAAGGAGCGUCAGCUGGCCUCACAAUAUCGACGGCCAAGUGGCUUGGGCCUGCACUUGAGCGCAUUCAAAAGCGAGAGCUGGCCGAUCGUGAGCAGUUUGUCAAGCAUCAUCUUGAAUUAACACCCCACAACUGUCGAUGCUUCGAGGGAGGAGACGCAGACUCUCCGCUUGCAUUCAAAAUCGAGGAUGAAGAUGUGCUGGACGAAGACGAGCAGUGCUGCAGCUACUGCAAAGCUUUUGCUUACCUCUCCAGAUACAAAUGCCACAAGUCUGGCAAAACUUUGUGUAUUUCUCAUGCAGGCAACCAUCCCUGCUGCGACGCAACUGAACAAGACAGAUACCUCGGCGCCGGUCACACUCUCUAUUAUCGCAAAACGGAGGAGAUGAUGAAGGAUGCCCAUGCAAAGGUCAUUGAGAAAGCUGACACCCCCGAGCAAUGGGAAGAGAAGUACGAAAAACUCCUUGACGAAGAGGUGACUCCAUCGCUGAAAUCUCUUCGAGGUCUCCUUCACGAGGGCGAACGUAUUCCCUUCGAUCUUCCGUCCCUGCCCAUACUCAAGGAAUUUGUCGAUCGCUGCAACGAGUGGGUCGAUGAAGCAACGAGCUACAUUGUACGCAAACAACAGAAUCGGCGCAAAAACGAUCGAGCUUGGCAGACUGGCACGCGUAGAUCGAUAGGUAAUUCGUACCAGGACCAAAAAGAGCGCGAUCCUCGCAACGUGAGCAACAUUUACCGACUGCUUCGUGAUGCCGAGCACAUUGGUUUCGACUGCCCGGAGAUUUCACAGCUGCAAGAGCGCGCCGCGUCCAUCAAGGAGUUCCAGGCCAAUGCUUCGCAAGCGCUGGAAAAAGGUAUCAGUCUCGGUGCGGAGGCGAUUGAAGAGCUGCUCGAGGAGGGACGCACUUUCAAUGUUGAUACGCCCGAGCUCGAACUACUUUCGAAAAUGUUGGAUCAGAUGCGUUGGAACGAAAAGGCUCGCACAAGCCGAAGCCUGUUUCUGUCCCUUUCCGAGGUUCAGGACUUGAUCGAACAAGGCAAACAACUUGACAUCCCAAUCUACAACGAUCAUUUCAAAUAUUUUUGUGAACGAUUGGAGGAUGGACAAUCGUGGGAGACCAAGGCUAGAGAACUGAUUCAUGCCGAAUUUGUUCACUAUCCACAACUGGAGGCACUAUCCAAGCAGGUGCAAUCUGGCAACAUUCCUGUCUCCAAGGAUACAUUGGCUGCAGUCGAUCAAAUUCUCCACAAACAACGGGAGGCUCAUCGCCAAAUAAUUGACAUCACCGAGCGCUGCCAUAACAAGGAUUUUCGCAAGCGCCCAAAGUACAACGAGGUUGUCGAAGUGACCAAGAAACUGGACGAUCUCAACUCGAAACCAAAUGGGACCUUGGACCUUGAGAAUGAGCGUAAGCGCCACGAAGACUGGAUGCGCAAGGGCAAACGGCUCUUUGGCAAGUCCAACGCGCCCCUUCACAUUCUCAAGAAUCAUCUCGAGUACGUGCUAGAGCGUAACCUGGACUGUUUUGACACUGAACAUGAUACUCCACGCCUUCCUGCGGAACCAGUGUCCAGAGAGCAGAGCCCGGACGAGGCCAAGGGUCCCGAAGAGAGUCGUCAACGUCAAGUAUUUUGCAUGUGCCGAAAGGUUGAGGCAGGCAUGAUGAUUGAAUGUGAGCUCUGCCAUGAGUGGUACCAUUACAAGUGCCUCAAGAUUGCACGGGGCAAGGUCAAGGAAGACGACAAGUACACUUGCCCUAUAUGCGAUUGGCGAAUGAAGAUUCCCAGAGACGCAGCUCGGCCGAAGCUUGAAGAUUUGGUAGCGCUCAUUGAAGAAGUGCCACUGCUCCCUUUCCAGCCCGAGGAGGAGGAUGUUUUGCAGCGCAUUAUUUCAAAUGCGCAAAGCUUCCGUGACUACAUUGCCCGUUACUGCAACCCAAUUCUCUCAACCGAAGCCGAGGCUGAGACGCAGCGAUUUUACCUGCGCAAGUUGGAAGGUGCUGAAGUGCUGCUUGCCUACGAGACCAAUUUCUUUCGUCAAGAGCUUCACAAGUGGUACCCAGUGGCCCCGGAGGCCCCGCCGAUCCUCGAGGUUUCCCUCAGCACUCGGAAGCCGCGGCCAACUAAGCUGCAGAAGAUGCUUCUCGAAUAUGGCGUAGAUAACCCCGACGACCUGCCGGAGCAUGCAAAAGGUAAGGCUAAUAGCCUUAGGCGCAAGGCUGCGAAUGCCGAGGCUGCCGCUGCUGCAGCCCAAAUGGGACAUGGUCCUAUCCAACCACCGUCAGCGAAUGCCUCCUAUGGUGGUCCAGCCUACUAUGCCCAGGAUGGACAAGGCGACUCGGACAAGCGUGAGGAUUCAGAGGACGACGGCCAGGAUGACUCGUUGGCAGAUGAGGGCCGGGGUAAAUCGACUUCACGCGGUCCGGAGACUCUUGACAAAGCCUCUGAGGAUAUCAAUAUCGAGACUGAGGAGGGUAAAGCAAAGGGCCUUGACAUCUUGGGCAGAACAGAGGACGGCAGAAAGAAGGCAGAAAGUAUUUGGGGUCCGGACUUGUGGACCAAGAAGUCAUUUCGAGACUCGCACGUUGGCACUUUGAAGGAGGCGGAAGCAGCCAAUGACGAGAGCAAGGUCGAAAAGAUGCUCACUGACGAGAGUGGUGAAAAGCGACGGGCUGAAGGAAAGCGAAAGGAUGAUGGGGAAAGGAAAGAUGAAAAGAUGACAACGGAGUCUCUGGAGGAUGAGCGAAAUGGGUUGGACGCAAUGAUAGAUGGGGAGUAG